CAGAGGCGGUGCGGGCUUGCCACGUCGGUCUCUGUGAAAUGCAUUUACACAGUUGUUCCUCACGGCUUUGGGCAUAACUUUUUCAAAAAUUCAGCUUUUUCUCUCCAACGCCGAGUCACCGAGGACUGCACCAGCCUGUCCGGAACCACUGUAGCUUAUCUCCACGGUGCUGCGUUCGGUCUUAUAGGAGUAAAAAGGAGGCGGAGGAAUGCUCGGUUCCGUCUGGACUCGUCCGGCUGGAAGCCACACAAGUGACUGAUGCAUCCUCGUUCACUUCACCCUCCCGUAUGUUGUCGUUGGCCUCAGCGUAUAUGGUCACUCAAUAAAGAGCAAGGGGGGAGUCCCGGCAUCCGAGGUUGCCACGGUAACCGGCGACCAUGCCAGGGGGUCGCAGGGGUCCGAGCAGACAGCAAUUGAGCCGCUCUGCCCUGCCCUCCCUGCAAACUCUUGUUGGAGGCAACCUGGGCAAUGGUACAGGCCUCAGGAACAGGAACAGCAGCUCCUUGGGUCUCUCCGCACCACCUUUGUCGGCCGUCAUAACCCCAGAGCCUGUCCGCCACUCGAAGAUUCCCGUGCUGCCUUUGGUCAGCGGCCUGCUGUUUGAGGUCCUGCUUUUUCUUUAUCUACUGGUGGCCUUGUUUGUCCAGUACAUCAACAUCUACAGGACAGUUUGGUGGUACCCGUACAGCCAUCCACCCACGUCUACCUCACUGAGCUUCCAUUUAAUGGACUAUCACCUGGCUAUCUUCAUUACAGUCAUGUGUGCCAGGAGGCUUGUAUGGACUAUAGUUUCAGAGCUUUCUCAUAGCAGCAAUGGGUCACAAAUCUGCUAUUUGGUUUUGAUGGCCGUGCGACUGUGUCUGCUCACCAUUUGCUUUUGGGUACUCUGUUGGACGCUGGUCAACCUUUGCAAGAACCACUCAGUUCUCAACCUGCUCUUCUUGGGAUACCCGUUUGGCGUGUACGUCCCACUUUGCUGUUUCCACCAGGAAGGACAAAAGAGCCAAACGUUGACAGCCGACUGCGAUUACUCUGCCGACCACCAGCAGGCGGAGCUGACGGAAGCCCCUUUCUUUCGUCCGCGGGACUUCCUUUUGUUGUUGCGAGAAAAUCUCCGGGAACAGUUUUCAACACCGCCGCACAUGCCCACGCACACGUGCCCGCCCGACACGGACUCUCACACGCCUGAUCUGAUUCGAUCGGAGGUGGAGGAGCUGAAGAGCGACUUCAACCGGCGGAUUAAGGAAGUGCUCUUCAAUUCGCUGUUCAGUGCUUAUUAUGUCGCCUUCUUGCCUUUAUGUUUUGUACGGAGCACCCAAUACUAUGACAUGCGGUGGUCAUGCGAGCAUAUGAUCAUGGUGUGGUUAAACGCCUUCGUAAUGCUCAUGAGCCAGCUUCUGCCCCCAAACUACUGCGACCUGCUUCAUCGCUCUGCGGCUCACUUGGGCCGAUGGCAGAAGCUGGAGCACGGCUCGUACAGUAAUACGCCACAGCAUGUGUGGUCAGAACAGACAGUUUGGCCUCAAGGGGUGUUGGUACGACAUAGCCGCUGCCUAUAUAAAGCGGUGGGAACGUAUAAUGUCGCUAUGCCCUCUGAUGUUUCUCAUGCAAGAUUUUAUUUCCUGUUCCACAAGCCAUUGCGGAUCCUGAACCUGCUGAUCUGGAUCGAAACUGGUGUGGUUCUGUAUCAGUUAUACUCUCUGUUGCUCUCCGAGCGCUGGAACCACACUCUCUCUCUGGGCCUUAUUCUUUUCUGCAACUACUAUGUCCUAUACAAGCUGCUCAGAGACCGUAUAGUGCUGGGCAAAGCCUACUCGUACCCUCUGUCCGAUAAUUUGGGCUUAAAGCCUCAGUAACGCAAUCCGCAGCGUGUACUGGACACGGGGGACUAACGGUAGCGUUAAAUUUGGGAGACCAGAGCGGGUGUUCGGCGCUCACAGUUGGAGGGUAAGGGACAGAGCUCUGAACUCUUAAUCGUCUUUUGAUACGGUUAUAUUUUUAAUGCAUUGUUUAUAUAAGCCUAUUUAAAAGAAUAUUUUAUUUUGUAUACCAUUUCGAGUUACACCGGGCAUUGCCACGCCGAUGACGUUAGCAUGCUACGUUGUGUAAGAGUUUCACCAAAGAUGUCAAAACGUGGCCAACUUUACAUUUUUGAAUGUCGUUUUCAAAUGUUUCAUGGCACAGGUGCUGAAGUCAUCAUUCACAGGCCUGCUCAUUACCAGUUCAUGUAUUCUCGGCAGUACGCUUCUAAAGGUCACCUUGCAUGUUGCCUUUGUUUUUUGUUUUUGUUCUGCCUUGUUCCACUUGAAUUGUGCCUUCUUUUAAUGCACAUUCAAAUCUGCCGAUAAAGCAUUUCUAAGGUUGUGUUGUGCUUUUUUGCCAUCUUGUUGAGCCAGCAUUUCGUCAGUUUCGUGGUUUGCACGUGUUGACUUGAAUGUAGCAAUUGCCUCCAGAAGGUGGCGUUGUUGACCUUCUAUAAAGUCAACACUGGCCUUGAUCUGAAAAUCCUGAUUGAUGGUAUCUUUGCAUUUAAUGUAAAAGCUACUAUCUGCAAUGUAUAUUUUUUUCCCCAAUGGCGUUUUAUGAGCGCACUACGCAGCCAAAACCGUUUGACCCACCAACAUGGUUCAAACACCAAAAUGACCUGAAUUCUCGCACGACGCAGGCUGUCUUUCGUUUGACACCAGAAAAAUUACAGUUCGCUCUAAAAUGUUUUUUUUUUUUUUUUUUUUUUUUAAAUGGUGAAAUUUCAAAAUGCUACUUGUCCUACAUUUUUUGUUCAAAUCACAUCAUUUAUACACACACACACACAAAAAAAAAACAUCAGGACCCUAAGGGGCACAAAAGUUAUAUACAGUUUUUGCUAAAAAUGUAUUGUUCAGCCAAAAUUAUACCCAUUCAUUUCCAAUGGCCAAAAUUUCCCAUUCAUUUCAAAUGGCCCCAUUUGCCAUUCAUUUCAAUAGCACAAAACUCCCAUUCACUUUCAUUGACUCAAUAUCAACAGGAAAGUGACCCCAAAUCAAUUGGAAGUGCCCCGAUAACAUAAAGUGACCCUGAAAUGCCAAAUAAAUCAACAGGAAGUGACGCGACGUCAACAGUGGCUGACCUUGAAAUGCCUCAAAAUCAACAAAAACUGAUAUAAUAUACCAACCAUCACAACAAAGCCUUUUUAGUUGUUCAUCCCGCUAACUGCUUUUUUUUUUAUAUCUUAAAGCCCCUUCAUAAUAAAGUUAAGGUUUUGAAAUUUGACAUGCUUUUCACUUUCAUGCGCUCAGGUGUUCCUUUAGUUGAAACAGAAAGGGGUGAGAGUCAUAUGAAUGUAGUGUCGAUGAAACUUGAGUUUCUCUUUUGUUCUGUGUAAUUUAUCAAGCAUGAAGUCGUGCAUUGCGUCGCUGUUGCAGAAGUUAAAGGAGCUGGUCCUCAUUUUUUUCCUUUGUUUUUAAUUUUUUUUUUUUUUACAGUAUUCAUUUCACCCUCAGCAUAUUGUUUUUGGCAUUUGAAAUAAAACAUGGCAUUGAAAUGAACACAGUUUAUUUGAAAAGCUCUCCAAAGCAUUUAUUGCAUUUAUUUACCAGAGUUAAUCAUUUCUGGAACACAUUAAGCAAUUAAACAGAGGUUGAAAAGUUGUAGUGUGUCAACUCUCACAAGAGAAAGUCAAGCCAAAAAAAAACAAUUGUCCAACAAAAAAGCAUGUUUGUACGACUGUAUUUCCAUUUUGUAUUAUAUUCAAAUAAUUUGGACAUGUUUUUGUUGGACAAUGACAAUAUGAGAGAACCUAACUAUUUAUACUUUAUGCUUUACCCAUUGAAGAAUAUACAAUAGACACAAUCAAAUGGCACCUUUGGUAGCUCACUUGUACAUUCAUCUACAAAAAUUAUAUCAGUAGAAAAAGUGAGAAACAGUGCAAUCAAACUUGGCAUUUAAAAAGCAAUUCUCCCAGCCAUGACAUUCAUCAAUAUGUUUUCCUUUUAUUGUAAUCCAUGCCCCAGAUUUCCUGAUAGGUUGGAGUUACUAUGGUUGCCUUGAGGUACGAGUUUAAUUUUUUUCUGCACCAGUAACUUAAAUCACUUGUAUUUCAAAUCAUCUUUGGUUAUUGAAAUGAAUGGAAAUGCUAUUAAUUCCUGUCUUUUUGAAACAUAACUUUUCUCUUUUUUUUUUUUCAGAAGAAAAAGAAUAUAUGCAGGUCAGUAUUGGUUUGCCACAUGUUUCUAGUUGCUAAUUUUUAGCUCAUCUAUGGUGGUUUGCAUUGUUAACAAUAACACAUUGGUUGCCAACAAUAGUGAUAUCACAUCCAUUUUGACUUGGCCAUUUGCUGCCAGAUUUCCCUGUAAAAAAUGGAUUGGACAUCCAGAUGUCAAUGGCAGCCAGUGAGUUAAAACAAGGAGACCUCAGACAAAGCUAUGGGGUUGUUGUAAAUAAAUGUGUAAUUCGGUUUAUUUUGGCAGGAAACUUGAGUGGCAUUAACAAAUACUCGUAUGUCAAAUUUUUGCUAGCAAAUCUUGAAAGUCGAGUCACUCUUAUCUCAAGGCAACCCUUUAAUUGCACAAGGAAGCAAAUGCAAUUGGGUCCUCUACUAUGUGUUUAGGAAGUAAGUAGACUUUGUUACAUAUUAAAAUGGUAGUACAACUUUAUUGGGGCAUCAAUUCCUAAGAACAUGUAGCCGUUUUCAGGUUUUCGCUACUAAUUAUGUAUUUGAAAGUUGACCCUUGGGGAGCUGUGAAUGCUUUUGUCAGGCCAACGUCCUCCCUCAACCUUCUCGACAGUCUACAAAGUUGCCUUUUAUCCAGUAGCAGAUCUGAGCAUACUUCAGAGGAGUGAUUCUAACAGCGACAUUAAAUUCCUGGGAAGCCCCUUGCCGCUCCACCCAUUGGUGCCCGGAAAACACUCCUAUCACCUUCCUCUCCCAGCGCCGACGGCGUAUAUCCCACAUCCGGGCGUAGACCCCUGACCCGCUUGCCCCGGGCUGGGCGUCGCAGUGCUGGUAGAGCAGAUCUGACGUCUCUUCUCCGGCCCGGCAGAAACGGUACACCAGCUGUCCCGGACGGUCAUUGUCGAACCCGGAGAAAUGCACGCGACGCCCGGGCAGCCUCUGAGAAGGAGGGCUCACGCCUAACUUCAUGUGACGUCGCUUGUGUGCUUUCUUCAGUUCUAAUAGGGCGUAGUCGUAAUCCAUGCCGAUGUCGUUGGCGUUGCCUUUAAUCCAUCCUUUGGGUACGUGUGUGCGCUUAGCUCGAAUCCACUGGAACUUCAUUUUCUCAGACACGAUCGGGGCCUCGUUUGGACUGCCCUCGACGUAGUUGGUCAAGUUUGAAAUGGAAGACUGGGAGUCUCGUUUGGGUUUGAGAAAGCCCACUCUGAGCCUUUGGGCACCUUUGACGUAGUUUUUACCAUCGUGAACACAAUGAGCGGCCGUUAGAACGUGCCGAUCCCCAACCAACGUUCCAGAACACCCAGUGGACAGUUUGACAGCUACUGAGAAAGGAUAUUUCAGCACAAAGUGCUGCCCCGCAAUACUGUAACGUCCAUCGUGACCAAAGAUCUGACGCUUUCGUCUGACGUGUGACUGUUUGCCUUUCCCAGUAGGCCCAAAGGAGUAAGCGGGGCUCUUGUUGGACCCCAGGUUAUAACCGUAGAUCCCGAUGGCAGUCUCUGUGAGCUGACCGUUGGCGUGAAGAGUCUCAUAGGCCAGAAAUUCCCGCAGGUCCCAGUAGUUGGGCCGAGGUGCCUUUUUGUGGCAUUCCGGGCCACACGGGGAGGUGACGUCAAGGCGUGCUUGAGACAGGAAGCGUGGGGCCGGGCGGCUUUCGCUUUGCUGUGGGAGAACCACUGGGACACGCUGAAGAAUCCACUGAGGUCGUGAGAAGGAGGAGACCAGAGGAAGGACUGUAAGGAAGAGAAGAAUGUGCAUGGAAAGUAACCUGUGGACGAAGCAGAAUACAGAUCUGUUUGAUGGUUGUUUAUAAGCAUUUGGACUAAAACUGAGGUGUCCAAACUAUGCCCUGUGAUCCAACAGCGGCCUACUGCCCAUUUGUUACAUGCCCGCAUUAGAUGUGCUUCUCAGCUUCAACACUGGUAAAGAUGGCCACUUCAACAGCGCUUUUCUCAAAACCUGACAUGUUGAAUUUAGUUUAAGAAACUUGAAUUCCAGCAUUUAACAUAACUUAUUUCUAUUUUUUUGUAUAUAUAAAUUUUUCAUUACUGUCGAUGGAUUUUAUCUUCUUUCUUUUGAAAUAUUUAUUUCAGUGUCUAAAUAUAUAAUUUGUUCCCAAUAUCCUUAUACAGUGUGACUAAGAGCGCUUUCACACUAGCACUGUUUGGUCCGUUUUAAAUGGUCCAGAGUUCUUUUUCUCAGUCGCUAAUGUGAAUGCGCAUCCGAACUCUAGUUCAUACCAAACAACCGAACUCUGGUCCGC